AUGCCCUCCAUGAGCGUGUCACGGCAAGCGUCGAAAGUUUCCACCACCCCAAGUGCCACGAAGUUCUCGACAAUUCGGAAGCUGCCCGCAGUAGAGCAAAGUGUCUUUCCAGUGGUGGCAGUCCCUACAAACAGUGACGAGACGAGGCGCACGGUGUCCGUCGACUUCAAUGUGGACUCCACCUCCGACACAGUGCACGCACUGCACGAGAUGCAGCGCCGCGUAGGCGACGAGGACGCCACGGACAGGCGAAUCCGCCGCAGCUACUACGCGCGGUUUGUUGGACACUUGAGUAUACAGCGCAGCCUAUACCAAUCUACAGCUGUGUUUGUGGAAACGAUGCUGAAGGAGGUUCACCACUCCACCGAGGCCGGGGUUUCGAUCAAGGCAGCGGCAGCGACGUGGGGCCUCAAACUCCUGGCCAAGAACGCCGGUCACAGCGUCAUUAACACGGUUCUCGAACUGCUUUUGCCGGCUCUCUAUUGCGAGUACAACCCAGAGAAGCUGUGCAGCGCGCCUUCCGCCGUGCAACUGCAGGUGCGCGAGCAAGAUGCACUCAGCGACAACCCGUACUUUACACACUCCAUGUUUGUGGAUGAGGUGCAGGCGGACAAGAGAUCUGCUAUCCAUCUCCAAAAGUCGCUGGAGGCAGCGGUCCACGCGAACGACGAGCGCAGAAAUAUGACGUGCCGCCUUAUUGAGCGCCAAAGGCGGCAACAACUUAAAGUCGCCUUCCGCAGCUGGCGCCACCGUGUGCGUCAGCAGCACCUUUUGUGCAUGAUGGGUGACAACACAGCGAAGCAGUGGGCAGAAGAGAUGUCACGGCUCUGUGUUCAGUCAGCCUUUUAUCACUGGAAGCUACUUGUGGAACGAUCGCGAAGCACUUACUUGACAGAGCGACUACACGACGCUGCGUUCCAGCUGGAAAACGCAAAGAAUCAGUUUCAGCUGCAGUGCUACCGCGCCGACCGCUUGGUGCAAACUGCGAAGGAGGCGACAGAAGAGAUGAAGCAAGUGUCGCAGAUCAACGAGGACCUUCAGCGGCAGGUGGCUGAGCUGAAGGCAGAGCAGGUGCGCAAGGAGAGGGAAUAUAACGAGAAGCUGACGCGAAACGUGGCGCAGCUGCUGAAGCUGUUGGGCACGUACGAUUCGCUGGCGCACGUGUUGCUGCGCUCGAAUCAGACUGCCGAGUCUUUUAUGUCGGAGAAGCCACCAUCAGCUCAGCCCCCUCAGUGUUGUGACGGCAGUGAGGAACCUUCGGAAAACGAAGGUCAGUCGCUUGUGGCGAAUGCCGCCGCCGAGGCGAGCGUGGAAAACUUGUCCAGCUCAGCGCUACAGCUGCUGCGGAAGUGGUGCGAUGAGGUGCUAGCACAAGUUAGCGAACGUGAGGCUCCAUUCCCGCCGAUUCGUGCCUUCGGGGCUGACUUCUCAAACGGCGAGCGCUAUCUCUACCUGCUUCAGCACGUGUUCCCCGAGGUGGUUUCCUCGGUGCUCUCGAUCCACAAGAUGGACGUCGAGUCCAGGCUGCGCCGCAUUCGUGGCUACGCUGCGGACUGUGCCCUUCGCUACAGGCUGAUGCCAUCGGACCUCCUAAAUGAGCGUGAGGAUCUGCUUGUGUGCUCCCUGAGCGAGCUCUACCAGCAGCACUUACUGCGUAAGUGGGAUCAGAUUGUAUUGCGAUCCACUGCGGAGCUGGACACCUUUAGGGAGGGUAACAUGCAAGCAGCACUGCUUGGGUGCACGGACUCAUCACCAGUGGAGGAGGCCGCCGACGUUCCAACCGAGCAGCUGGAUGAGGCCGUAGUGAGAGUGCACAUUGGUGACUAUGUCGAGCGAGUGAAGGCCAUCAGCGAAAGCUUCAGCACGUCACUCGCAGCGGCAAACGAACUAGUCAAGACCAGUGGCGCUAUUGCAGCGCAGGAGGCGCACCUCGGCGGCGAGCGGCUGCAGGGGACGCCAAUCCUGGUUGUCGGUGAAGCUGGCAGGCGCGCUUUCUGGAAGCUGCCAGCUGGCGCGUUGGAUGACCUGCGCGGAACCCUGAAGCUCAACUCUGAGGAGAUGAUAUGGGAUCUUAUCGUGACGCAAACGCUCCCGGAGUUGCUGCAGGAGCACGUCGACACAACGUCACGCCUCUUCUUUCUCUUCGCUGGAGAGAACGCCAAGACACUUUCAGAAGUGGCGUUCUGGCGCUUUGUCGAGUGCAGCGGCAUGUUGGGUGGUGGGAUGGAUGUGCCCAUGGACUGGAUUGCGACGCAGUAUGACCACGUUGUAACGCCGCAGCUUGACGCAGCCCUGAGGACGAUGGCACGCAAUCAGAGCGAGAUGAAUUUGCAGAAGCUGCGCCAGGUCGCCUACCAAGAAAUGGACAUCCGCUGCUCAACACCACCGCAGUUUACCGAGCUGCUCGUGCGACUGGCCGUGGCAUCGGAGAAGGGUGAGUACGGUCUCGUCGAAGGCACGCGCCGCCUCCUGGAGAGACUGAAGCUGCUCGAGAGAGGGAUGUCUCCGGUGGCGCGCGAGCUGCACACGCAGGAAGCGCAGCAUGUCUUGGGCUUUUUCAACGAGGAUCUGCUCCGCGUGUACCUAUUCUACGUGAAGAAGCAGGAGUCCUCACGCAAUAUGCGGGAUGCGUCGCUGGCCAGUCAAUGCGGCGGCCGUUUCGCCUCGCAGAUGUCGAUGACAAUACUCCUCACCAUGCUCGAAGACUGCCGAUUCCUCUCCGACAACAGUGGGCGGGGAAGCGCUCCGAUCAACGCCUUAGCUGAUUCCACGCGACCGCGCUUCUUCAUCAAUGCCGCACAAGUGCGAAAACUGGUCUCUGCGCUGGAGCGUCUUUGCAAGGGCGCCAUGAGCGGUGGACUCUCGUUUAACCUCUUUGUGGAGACGCUCGCGGGGCUGGCGUAUCACUGGUGCCCCGACCCGCUCGUGCCAGAACCACGGCGCCUCGCCGGCUUCCUUGCUCACACGAUGCAGCAGCUGAGUGCGCGCCACAUUAAUUCUACGCUACUGUUGGGCAUUGUUCCGACAAUUAGGCUGGAGGGACCCAGAAGCGUGGACUUCUCGUAUGAGGCACGCCCAUCACCAGGCACAGCCGCCUAG